UGGACAGGGUUUCUGCUUGUAACAUCGAAAUAUUUGUCUACCUCAUCCAUUUGCAUUGCUGUAAACAGCCGAAAAAAACCUCCUAAUUUCGGCACCAACUCAAACAAUCAUGCUUGAAUAUCCGGUACAUAGGAGAGAAUAAUCUAGUGCAGUGGUGAUUGACUAUAAUUGUUUAAAUAAAAGUAGUAAGAUUGUUUUCCGAGAAUUUAAAUAAACUAUGUAACAUUACGCAAUAUUGUAAGAUUUUUGCCACUUAAAUUUGUUUGCAAACACAGUUUUGAUUCAGAUCAAACGUGUUCGUUAGUGUAAACUAGUGUCUAAUGGAUAAAGCGGAAAUUAACAAUAAAAUGCACACCAAGGAAAGCAAAAGGGAAACUCAUCCCCAGCAAAAUUCAAAUUUCUUGUCGAAAAUCUUCUUCUGUUGGACUUUUCCUAUGUUUCGAAAAGGACUCAAAAAAGAAUUAUCUGAUGAAGAUGUUUAUCCAAUACUAGCAAGACAUGAGUCGCACAAGCUAGCAAAUCAGAUGGAGAAAGAAUGGCUUAGGCAACAGAAAUCAAGUACCAAACCUUCUGUGUGGAGGGCGAUAUGGCGUAUUUUUAAAUGGGAUAUACUUCAAUUUCUGGCAUUGUCCGCUUUAUUGAGUUGGUUUAUUAGAAUUAUUCGACCCUUCGCUUUAGGAAAACUGAUGGGUUAUUAUUCUUUUUCUAACGAAGCUGAGUCUUCUGAAUAUAACAAUGUCAUUUAUGCGGCAGUUAUAAUUAUAACUACCAUUGCUGAUAAUGUCUGCAACAAUUUGUGUACAGACCAGUGUUUACAACUGGCAAUGCGAGUAAAAGUUGCUUGUUCGGCUUUAGUUUAUAGAAAAACUUUGCGUCUGAGCAACAGAGUCCUUGGUGAAAUUUCAAUAGGACACAUUGUGAAUUUAUUAUCAAACGAUAUGGCACAAUUAACAAAUUUUUGGCCUAGUUCCGAUUGUGUAUGGUGUGCACCAGUUCAAACCGCAAUUAUACUUUAUUUAAUUUAUUCGAUGUGUGGACCAACUGCAUUAGUUGGAGUCGGUUUCGUGUUAGCCCUCAUUCCUUUACAAUUGAUUUUGAGUAAGAAAGUUGCCGCUUUACAAUUAAAAUCUGCUGUGAAAACUGACGAGAGGAUUCGUCACAUGAAUGAAAUCAUUUCAGGAAUACAAGUUAUUAAAGUUUACACGUGGGAGCAAUCAUUUGUCAAAUUAGUACAAUUGAUAAGGAGACAAGAAAUGCGAAUGAUUAAAAUUUUACUCUACUUAGAAGUUUGGUUGUCUUCGUUUACGUACUUUGUUAAUCGCAGUGCAGUUUUUCUGUGUGUUUUGACAUAUGUUUUAACAGGAAAUAGCCCAAAUGCGCAAUAUGUUUUUGUCUUGUUUUCAUUUUACUUAACUUUAAUGGGAACAUUAUCAUGGGGAUUACCUGCGGCAGUGUCAGAUACGUUAAAAGCUAACGUAUCUAUCAAGCGAUUGGAAAAUUUCUUCAAUUUGGAAGAAACUGAAAACAAAACUGCAUCAACAACCGAAACUGGAAUAAGAAUCGAAAACGCGACUGCAAAAUGGUCCAAAAAUCCUCAAGACAAUACAACAUUGCAAGAUAUCAACUUUUGCGUUCUUCCCCAGCAAACAGUUGCGAUAGUGGGCUCCGUGGGUUCGGGUAAAUCCAGUUUAUUACAACUAUGUCUCGGAGAAAUUUCUUUGCUUGAUGGUUCUGUACAAAUCGGUGGUAAAAUUUCUUACGCUAACCAAGAGCCUUGGUUAUUUGGUGGCACUGUCAAAGACAACAUAUUAUUUGGUCAACCCAUGGUACACGAUAGAUAUGAUGAAGUUAUCAGAAUAUGUGCCUUAGUUGAUGAUUUGAGCCAUUUUCCUUACGGAGAUAACAGCAUUGUUGGUGAACGUGGCAUUCUUUUGAGUGGUGGCCAAAAAGCAAGGAUAAACCUUGCAAGGGCACUCUACCGAGAAGCAGAUAUUUAUCUGCUUGAUGAUCCAUUGUCAGCAGUUGAUGCUAAGGUUGGAAAACAAAUUUUCAACAACUGUAUCAAUGGUUACCUGAAGAACAAAUGCACAGUGCUAGUGACGCACCAAAUUCAGUAUUUGACUUUAGUAGAUAGCAUUUAUCUAUUGUCAGAAGGACGGAUAAUAUCGUCUGGGAGUUAUAAAGACCUCCAAGAGUCGCUAACUGAUUUUGGAAGACUUCUGGAAAAUAGUCAUAAUGAAGAACACGACGGGGAAAAUGUGGAACAAAAAGCAGAGGUUCAAGUUUGUAGAAAGGAAAAUGAGUCUGAAGAAAAAAGAGCGUCCGGUAAAGUUACCGGGAAGGUUUAUACGACGUACCUGCGUUCUUUUGGAUCAUGUUUUACUGUUAUUACAGUUUUUUUGUUGUUUGCUAUGACGGAAUCGUGUGCUAUUGGGGCAGAUUAUUUCGUAACAUUUUGGGUUAAUCUGGAACAAAAACGUGCAACUCCGAAUAUAACUGUUACUGCCUUUGAAGAAUUAUUUUUUACAAGAGCAAAUUGUGUUUAUUUUUAUUCCUCAAUAAUUGGUGUUUUAAUAAUAUUAACAGUAACUCGAACACUAUCUUUUGUAAAAAUUUGUGUGCAUGCGUCCGUUCAUCUGCAUGAUAAAUUGUUUGCUAGUGUUGUAAACGCAUGUAUGGAUUUCUUCUACAGAAAUUCUUCUGGAAGGGUACUUAACCGUUUUGCGAGAGACAUUGGUAGUAUUGACAAACAACUUCCAGACUUGAUUCUUACUACAGUCCAAAUAUUAUUAUCCAUUUGUGGUUCUCUUAUCGCAAUUUCUGUAAUAAGUCCUCUAACACUACUGCCGGCACUUGUAGUCUUUGUGGUUAUGUACUAUAUCAGAAAAAUUUUUUUAGCGAGCAGUUUGUGUCUAAAGCGAAUGGAGUCUACAUUUAAUAGCCCAAUUUACGCACAUGUGUCGGAAUCUGCAAAAGGCCUAACAACUAUCAGGGCACUUAGAGCAAAUCAAAUAGUUGAAAAGGAAUUUUAUAACUUACAAAAUUUACAUUCCUCAGUUCGUUACAUGAAUUUAAGUGCUAACAGAGCUUUUGCAAUAUGGCUUGACAACUUCUGCGUCUUGUACCUUCUUAGCGCCACUGUAUUCGCCCUAACAAGGGAAACACUUGGCGGCAAUAUUGGUUUUGUUAUAACACGUGCUGUGGGCUUGACUGGAAUGUUUCAAUGGGGAAUAAGAAUGUGGAGUUCACUAGAAAAUGAAAUGACUUCUGUUGAACGAGUUGUCGAAUAUACGCAAAUUGAACAAGAAAAUGAUGACAAAAAGAAAGUUCCUUCAAGUUUAUGGCCUGAUGCAGGGAAACUUGAAUUUCGAUCUGUUUGUAUGCAGUAUUCAGCGCACAGUCCUUAUGUUCUCAAAAAAUUAAAUUUCGUGGUCAAACCUAGAGAAAAAGUUGGAAUCGUCGGUCGUACUGGAGCUGGCAAAUCGUCUCUCAUUCCAGUAUUAUUUCGUUUAGUUAAUUUUGAAGGGCACGUUCUUAUUGACGAUGUUGACACCAAAGACAUCGCAUUGUCUACCCUGAGAUCAAAUAUUUCGAUAAUUCCGCAAGAUCCUGUCAUUUUUGCAGGAUCAGUCCGAAAAAAUUUAGAUCCGUUUGAUCUUUACGACGACAAUAAGAUCUGGAAUGUUUUGGAGGAAGUACAACUCAAAGACUUUGUCAGAAAUUUACCUUCAGGGAUGUUUAGCCAACUAUCGGAAGGCGGUUCCAACUUUAGCGUUGGACAGAAACAGUUGAUUUGUUUAGCGCGAGCACUUUUGAAAAAGAACAAAAUAUUGAUACUUGAUGAGGCUACUGCUAACGUUGAUCCACAAACGGAUGAGCUUUUACAGAAAACUAUAAGGAAGAACUUUGAAGAUUGCACAGUUUUAACCAUCGCUCAUCGUUUGCAUACCAUAAUGGAUUCUGACAAAGUUAUAGUAAUGGAUGGCGGAAUAAUUGUUGAGUUUGAUCAUCCAAAUGUAUUAUUAAACAAUAAGGGAGUUUUCUACAAUCUAGUUAUGGAAACUGGGAAAAGUAUGGGAAAAAAACUGCUCGAAAUAGCGCAAAAGAACUACCACAUUAAAGAACAUUGAAGAAAAUCUGAAGAAAUUAUUCAAGAAUAAACUUUAAUAUUGUGAUCAUUCGAAUAUGUAACUAUAUUUAAUAAAAUAAACCAUCUCCACAGA